AUGGCGGGUUCACCUUCACCUCGACCCACGACUCCUCUGGCCAAUGUGGCUGGUGUCGAUGCACCUGUUCAAACUGUUGCAUCUCCCCCAGCCGCGGCCUCUUCACCAGCAGUCACAUCUGAACCGGCCGCGACGCCUAGAGUGGCCGUCUCAUCAGAACCAGCCGAGACGUCUGAACCGACCGCAACGUCUGAACUGAUAGCGACGUCUGAACCAACCGCAACAACUAACUACUCCGCGUCCCUAACUUCGAGUGUUGUCGACUAUCCGGUCGAAUAUGGACGAAGAUAUCACGCUUUCCGGCCAGGAUCCUACUCCUUCCCAAACGAUGAGCGCGAAAUGGAACGCUUGGACAUUGCCCACGCACUCAUGGUCAGAUCAAUUGGCAACAGGCUGUUCCUGGCGCCCCUUAGGGCGGAGACUCUUCAUCGAGUCUUGGACAUUGGGACAGGCACUGGAAUUUGGUCGGUGGAAAUGGGCGAUAUUUUCGAAAACGCGGAGAUUACCGGAAACGACUUGAGUCCCAUUCAGCCUGGAUGGGUCCCGGCGAACGUAAGGUUCGAAAUUGACGAUGUCGAGAGCCCUUGGAUCAACGAGCAUAAAUACGACUACAUCUUUUGUCGAUACAUGCUCAUCUCAAUUCAAGACUGGCCUAGGCUUAUCAGAAACAUGUAUGACAACGUCAACCCAGGCGGAUGGGUCGAAUUCCAGGAUAUGGAUGGGCUCUACUACUCAGACGACGGCACCUACACGGAAGACCACGCCACGCGCCAGUGGAACAGGCAGUACAUUGACGCCUGCGAGGCCAUGGGCCGCACCGCCCGCCCAGGCCCCCAACUCGAAGGCUGGGUCCGGGACGCCGGAUUCCAAAACAUCACGCACCAGCGGUUCAAGGUCCCCAUCGGACCCUGGGCAAAGGACGAGUACUACGCCGACGUCGGCAUGUUGAACCUGGUCCAGCUGCUCGAAGGUUUGGAGGGCUUCACGCUGAAAAUCUUUUGCGGGUUCUUAGGACAGACCAAAGAGGAAGUCAUGGUGUUGCUCGCAAGAGUUCGCAAGGAGUUGAAGGAGGGCGCUUGCCAUGCCAUUUUUGAUCACCACGUUGUUUACGCUCAGAAGCCCUUCGAAGAGGAGGGAAACAAUGGAGGAGUGCCGCCGCCAGUAUGA